GCCAGGAUCCCAGCCUCUCGGGCUGGGGGCGGCGCCUUCGCGGGCCGAUCAGCAUCCCGACCCCGACCCCCGACCCCCUGGGACCACGCAACUCUCGUACUACAAGCUUGUCUUCCUUCACUAACACUCGCACAAAUCAGGAUUGCUGCGGCUAGAAAGAAGCACAAUGGCUUCCAGUAUUAAACAUAAGGCUAGCAAAUACUUCUAUGAUGUGAAAAGAGAAGUGUACAAUGAAGAAUCUUUUCAAAGAGAGCAUAGAAGGAAAGGAGCUUCUUCAGGAAAUGUAGAUAUCAAUAUCACCACAAUUAAACACAGAGUGCAAUGCCGGUGCUCAUGGAAGAGAUUUAAAAAAGUCAUUUUUGGCAUCUUUCCCUUCCUAGAAUGGAUGUGUGUAUACCGAUUCAAGGACUGGCUUCUUGGAGAUUUGCUUGCUGGCUUAAAUGUUGGCCUUGUACAAGUUCCCCAAGGUUUAAUACUUGCUGUACUAAUAAGGAUGCUGAUCCCACCCCUCAAUAUUUCUUGUUCUUCUUUCUGUUGCUCAAUGAUCUAUAUCAUUUUUGGAACGUCUCAUCAUGUGUCUAUUGGAAACUUCUUCCUUGUGAGUGCAUUGAUGGCGAAUGUCCUAAACAAAAUAAUGUUCAAUUCUGGUCACCUCCUGAUGGGAACUUUUGUCAAGGGUGACUUUGAAGAUCCAGCCUUCUCCGUGGAUUAUGAGAAGGCCCUCAGUGUUAUGCAGGCUGUAACCUUUCUGACUGGGAUGAUUCAGCUGCUGGUUGGAUUGCUAAGAUUGGAUUUUGUCACCAAGUACCUGCCUGACACUUUAAUUAAUGCCUACUUGGCAGCCACCGCACUGCAUGUCAUGAUGUCCCAAAUGUGCUUCGUCUUUGGGAUUAUGAUUCGUUUCCACUGUGGUGCUAUCGCUUUCUUUUAUAAUCUAGUUAACUACUGUAUAGCUCUCCCAAGAGCCAAUUCCACUAGCAUCCUGCUGUUUCUGAUUUGUAUGGUGGCUUUGAGAGUCAACAAAUGUAUCAAGAUUUCUUUCAAACGAUAUCCCAUCGAAUUUCCCAUGGAAUUCUUCCUGAUUGUCUCCUUCACUAUCAUUGCAAACAGGAUCCACAUGAACACUGAAACCAGCAAGCACAUUGUUGAUAUGAUUCCUUAUAGUUUCCAGUAUCCUGAAGCAGCUGAGUUGGGGCUUUUGCACAUGGUUGUUUGCCAUGCCCUCUCCCUGUCCAUGGUGAGCUACAUUCUUCUCAUCUUUAUAGGCAAGAAGAUUGCUUCUUUGCAUAACUACACCGUUAAUCCUAACCAGGAGUUGGUAGCCAUUGGUCUGUGCAAUCUUGUCAGCUCAUUUUUCAAAUCUUUUGUGUUUACUUCUGCUAUUGCCAGAACAGUCAUCCAAGAGAAAUCAGGUGGGAGACAACAGUUUGCAGCUCUGGUAGGUGCAGGUAUAACGUUGCUGGUGAUGCUGAAGAUUCGUCAUUAUUUCUACGCUCUGCCUAAUGCUGUACUGGCUGGUAUUGUUCUGAGCAACGUCUUGCCCUUCCUUUCAACCAUCAUGGACCUUCCUGAUCUGUGGAAGCAGAACCAGUAUGACUUUGUGAUUUGGAUAGUGACAUUUGUGUCGGUGAUCUGCUUGGGCCUGGACAUUGGACUGCUAAUUUCAGUAAUAUUCACCUUCUUCAUCACCACUGUCCAGUCGCACAGGGCUAACAUUCUUGUCCUGGGACAGAUCCCUAACACCAACAUUUACAGAAGCUUUACUGACUACCGAGAGGCUGUGUACAUUCCAGGGGUAAAAAUUUUCCAGUUCUGCACCUCCAUCACUUUUGUAAAUGUUGAGGAAAUCAAACAGAUGCUGUUAAAAGAGGUGGAUCUGAAAAGUGUGCCUCUUACUGAUGAAGAUCUGAGAAACUUGUUCAAUGACAACAGGUCUGAAAUGGGAGACGAACCUUUGAAGUGUGCCUGUAACUGUGAUGAGCCAGAGCCACCCCCCAGGAUUGCUUAUACGGAACACCUCGAGAACAGAUCGGAAAGUGAUGAAUCUUCCAUUGACCUGCUCCAUUGCUCACGAGCUGAAGGGGCCUUCAUGAGCCACAGUAUGUCUGAAGAUCAGUUGAUGGGCCAUAACAAUUUAAGACACCUAAAUUCAAAGAAUGAAGAAGUAGAGAAGGUCUGGGUUCCCAGCCAUACCACAAUAAACAGUUCUGGAGUUCAACUGUUAAUGGAUUCACCAUCAAACAAUGAACAGGGUGAAUGUCAUCAUAGGGGCAAACAUGACCCUGGCAAGCAUAGUUCUGAUGUGUCUUUUAUAUCAACUGUCCAUACUAUCAUCCUGGAUUUCACCAUGGUGAAUUUUGUGGAUAUAAAAGCUACACAAGUAAUAAGACAGAUCUGCAAUGCAUUUUACAACAUUGAUGUAUUAGUUCUCCUGGCAGGGUGUCAUCCACUAAUUGUUAAGACUUUUGAGAGGAGUGAUUUCUUUGAUGCUGGCAUUACCAAGGCCCAGUUGUUCCUUACCCUUCAUGAUGCUGUUCUGUUUGCUCUUGGGAAGAAAUACUUAGAGACUCCUGAGGAUGAGACAGAAGAAGUACUAAAGGAAACACUGCAUUCUCCAUAUGACACAGAACUACCAAUAACACCUUCCAAGGUACCCUGCUACAAGUGCAGCUGUUGCUUUGUUUGUGCUGAAAUUGCCACAGCCACCUCAACCUUUAGCAACCACUACCCUGAUCCGUCAGCAGCCAUCAACACAGAGCCUCCUCUCUCAGGUGAAACUCAGGCUGGCCGCACCCAGGGCCACUGCCGAACCCUGUGCUGCAUGCACCGGGAGCUGGGGGCUGGGCGAAGCAAACCCAGUGUCCCUCCACUUUUUGUGUGCCUCACGGGCUGCACCAUGCCUAAGAUAGAAGGCAAUGCUGUCUGCCAAAAGCAAAGAAGCCCUUGUGGGAUCAGUGACGUGAGAGGAAUGAAAAAGGGAAAGUCGAGCCAUUCUGAACAGAGUAGAGACAGCUCACCACCGCCGAUGAAAGAGACUCCGAGACCAUUCUAUCAGCCAGAUAUACAGCCGGAUAUUAAAGACCUGAAGGAAAGAGUGGAGCUAGAGACCGAAAUGGACACGGACUUCGAGGCUGAGCUGGAUCUGGGGCCAGAACUUGAGUUUGAUCUAGACCCAGAAACUGAGACUGAGACAGAGAUUGAAAUCGAAACAAGACACGCUAUAGGAGCAGAAAUAGAAAUAGAAACAGAGUCUGAAACAGAGCAUCACGCUUAUGAUCAGCCAUAUGAAGUGUCAUACCAAAGACCAUACCAGUGGGAAAAUAGGGACACCCAAAAUAGGGAGUACCACGAUAUCUGGGACCAGGACUGGAAAUACACGAAUAAAUCCUAA